AUGAAGUUCCUUCCUUUGCCCGAACUUGAGGACGUGACGAGCUCGCUGAAUUUCGACACCGCCGACUGUCAUAUCGUUGGUGGCUGUGACCUAUAUACCACCAAGGCCGCCCGAGCGGAUCGGAAAUUGUACAGGAAUAUUGAGCAAUCUUUGGAGUCCCAAUAUGAAUCCGUGCUUCGCCUGUCGGCUUCGUUGUCGCCGCCGAAUGCAUCCGACGCGGCCGCGUCGCUCAAUCUGUCCCGCUCCAGUCCCUUUGGCCCCCUGAGCGAUCACUCCAGCCGUCGAACCUUUGCAUACUUGAUCGCAACAUUAAAUGCCAGCCAUCCCGAUUACGACUUCUCACAUGUAUUGCGCCCGUCUGAUUUCCACCGCGAGCGCAAUCUCAAGAGGGUCAUGAACACGAUCGACUCCACAUUGUUCAACUUGCGACCGCGCGAAGCCAUUGACCUGACACCCCCAUCGCCUGUGACCGUCUCUGGAUCAUACAACGCGGGUGCAUCUGCUACAUGGGGACCGAAAAUGUGGGGAGUCAUUAAUGAGCAUAUGUCGCUGAAAGAGUGCUCAUUGUAUUCUUACUCGCCGGAGGAGGAUCCGUCGGACGCCGAUGACGGAGCGAUCUGGAGUCUCCACUAUUUCUUCUUCAACCGGCUUCGCAAGCGGGUCUGCUAUCUUUAUCUCCGAGCUAUCCCGAUCCUGAGUCAUACUCCCAGUGAGGGAGUGGCUACGCCUACGACGAAGCGCACAUAUGAUGACGGAUACUUGACCCCCGAACUCAGCUCUAGCAAGCGGGCUCGCUAUUGGCUGGGCGAAGGCGUCGAGCUCGACAGUGAAAGUGACGAGGAGGAUCUUUCGAAGUCGCAUCAUGCUGGAGACGAGUACGAUCCAUAUGUGCUCAGUGACGAGGAGUUCCGAUCCCGGUCCGGUAGUAAAGGGACCGUUCGGGCGAUGAGCGAGGAAAUCGCCGACUCGAUGGAAGUCUGA